CAUAAUUCACUAUUGCACAUACAUAUUUCGGCCGCCAUGAGACGUCCCAUGAAACUCACAACCGCCCUCCCGCGGGAACUUCGCGCAGAACUCGGGAUAAGAGAUACAUACGGGGAGAAAAAAGAUAGGCGCAAUGGACCUGCGUCGCGAAAGGACAGGCGGAGAGAGGAGAGGAGUGGGGGGAGGAAGCCGCAAACGCAGGUGCAGCAGAGGCCGGUUUGGAAAAAGAACGUGAGGCGACAUCAGGAGGAGGGUGAUAAUGACGAUGAGGAUAUGUUGGACGAGGGCGAUGAAUCCGACGAAGCGCCGCCUGCGAAGAAGUCGAAAACCGCAAAGCCCGAGCAGAAGCCCAAGUCGAUUCUGAAAAAAAGCAAGCCAGCCGAGAAAUCCGAUGAGAGCGACGACGAUGACGAUAUCGAUUUGGAUGAGGGCGAAGACGAAGAUGUGCCCGCACCCCGCAAAGUCUCCAAAGCCGUUCGGGACCAAUUACAAGAAGACGAUGCCGAAAUUGCCGCGCUGGAGAAGAGACUUGGGUUGAAGAAGGGGAAGAAACUUCCGCAGUCUUUCCACGAUGAUGGGUUAGAUGAUUUACUGGGUGAUUUGGGCGAAGGGGAAUCGGAAAAUGAGGGCAAGAAGCGCAAACGGGAGGCUGAUGAGUGGUUACAGAGUAAGAGGAAAAAGGCACAGGGUCUGCAGCGAGCUGGGUCGGAGGACGAUGAUGAGGAAGAUGACAGUGAUCUUGGGAGCGAUGAGGGGGCCGAUUUGCUGGACGAGGAUGACGAUGAAGAAAUGGAUGACGAGGCGGCCGAAGAGGGCGAAGACAGCGAAUUUGGUGGGUUUGACGAGGAAGAGGAGAAGCCGGCUCCAAAGAAGAAAGAGAAUCCUUUUGUCGCCCCCGUCCCACAAGAGAGUCAACCGGCGAAAUAUAUCCCGCCAUCGCUUCGCACUGCGGCCAGUUCUGAGGAUGAAUCUCUUACUCGUUUACGGCGACAGGCCCAAGGACAGCUGAAUAAAUUGUCCGAAGCAAACAUGAUCUCCAUCCUUGCUGAGUUUGAGAAACUCUACCGCGAAUAUCCCCGGCAGAACGUCACUUCGACACUCAUCUCGCUGUUGAUGGGCCUGAUUUGCGAGAGGUCGGCGCUUCAGGAUACAUUCAUGAUUCUGCAUGCCGGUUUCAUCGCUGCCCUGUACAAGGUCAUGGGUAUGGAUUUUGGCGCCGAGUUGGUCCAGAAGAUAGUCCAGUCUCUCGACGCACAAGGCGACGAGCGAGGCAAGUUCGAAGGAAAGGAGCAUCUGAACCUGAUUUCGCUCAUUUCGCAACUGUACAACUUCCAUGUCAUCGGACAUUCUCUUGUCUUUGACUACAUCCGAAUCUUUGUCCAGGACAUCACAGAGGACAACACGGAACUUCUCCUCAAGAUCAUCAGAAACUCCGGCCCUCAACUCCGACAAGAUGAUCCCUCCUCCCUAAAAGACAUCGUCCUCCUAAUCCAACCCGCCAUCGCUAAAGCCGGUGAACAAUCCCUCUCCGUUCGUACAAAAUUCAUGAUCGACACCAUCACAGACCUUAAAAACAACAAAGUAAAAACCGUCGGUUCCAGCAUCUCAACUGAACACGUCACAAAAAUGCGCAAAAUCCUAGGCUCCCUAAACAACACCCGCAUCAUCCGCGCCUCAGAACCCAUCAACAUCUCCCGCGACGACAUCCACAAUUCUGCAAAGAAGGGUAAAUGGUGGCUCGUCGGCGCAAGCUGGCGCGAAGACCCCCUCGAAACAGCACGAAAGGAACUCUCUUCCCUCCCUGACCAACCCACCCAAACCCAAGCACAAGAGGAUGAAAACGAAAGCGACGCGGAACCCGACCUCGCCAGCAUCGCCAAAUCGCAGCGCAUGAACACCGACGUUCGCCGCUCAAUCUUCGUCGCUAUCAUGUCCGCAACAGAUUUUCAAGACGCGCACGUUCGCCUGCUAAAACUCCGUCUCAAGCGUGCGCAGGAAUACGAAAUCCCCCGCGUCCUCACACACUGCGUCAUGGAGGAAGAAGCAUACAACCCAUACUACACGUUAAUUGCGCGCCGCGUAUGUGGGGAUCUCGGCCGCAGACUGAAAAUCUCGUUCAUGUACACACUGUGGAACAUACUGCGACGAAUGGGCGAAAAGGGCGACUUUGACGAUGAGGACAGCAUGUCUGAAGACGAGGACGAGAGCACACAACUCCCACUGAAAUCCAUCGUCAAUAUUGCAAAGAUGUACGGUAGCCUCAUCGCUGAUAACAUGCUAACCAUUGGCAUCCUCAAAACGCUCAACUUCGCAUACCUGCAACCUAAAGCAAAAACCUUCGUCGAACUCCUCAUCAUCAGCAUCAUUCAGAACUCUCAAAAGUCCCAAAAGUCCAAGAAAUCCAAGAAAUCCAAGUCCAAGUCUAAGAACGAAGACGACGAAGCACGGGACGAAAAAGCACUCAUGGACAUAUUCAUGCAUGUACAGGAAACGCCGCAGAUCGCCAAGGGGCUUAUUUACUUUAUUCGCAAGGUCGUUGCGAAGACGGAUAUUGUGCCGGAGAAGGAGUUGAAGGAGGUGAAGUGGGGGUGUAGGGUCGCAUUGGAUGCAUUGAAGGUUGUUUCUAGUAAGGAUGGUGUUGUUGGCUAG